AUGAAUAAGGAUGAUCUUCAUCGGAGUCACGAGCCAAGCGAACUGGGUAGAGCAGUCAAAGCGAUAGUGCAUAAAGAUUGGCGUACAUCAGGAUCCGAUGCUCUCUCCUCAUCAUCAUCGCACUCACGCGGUGACGGACGGUCUCAACGGUCUCAACGACAGCCUUCAUGGGCGUUUCUGUACUCAGAUGUUGUCGUCCUACAGCAGGAAGUACAAAUCGACUCAAAUAGGCUAUACGAUAGGUAG